AUGGGUUUCAGUUCUGUUUACCAAUCUCUUACUGAGAUAUUUCCUCAGAUUGAUUCACGCCUUUUGAGGGCUGUUGCAAUAGAACACCCGUUGGAUGCUGAUGAAGCUGCUGCUGUAGUUCUUUCAGACAUUGUUCCUUCGUUGCCCUCAAAUUCGUCUCAUAAUUUUACUCAAUCUUGGAACAACAUCUCAUCUGGCAAUAUUGCAAAGAGCGAAGUAGAACGUAAUUUGGAAGAUGUUGUUAUUAGGUCCCGUGGUUUUCUUGUAGCGCCUGCUUCAAACUCCAAUGCCUCUUCUUCUUCGCAAACUAUCCCCCUGGUUAUUGGACGUGGCCACAAUACCGGUGCUUCAAGUACUAAAUUUGUCUCAAAUAGGACCAGUGUAAAACCUAUGCCACUAUAUGCUCGUCGUCGUGGUUACCAUAAAGAUGUCGAAACUGGUUCGAAGUCCAGCGCCUCUUCUUCUUCAGGAACGAUCCCCCUGGUUGCUGGACGUGGCCAUAAUACCGAUGCUCUAAGUACUAAACUGGUCUCAGAUAGGAAUGAGCUAACAAAUUUGCCAUUAUAUGCUGGUCUUGGUGUCUACCAUAAAGAUGUCAAAACUGGUUCAAAGUCCAGCGCCUCUUCUUCUUCAGCAAAGAUCCCCCUGGUUGUUGGACGUGGCCAUAAUACCGAUGCUCUAAGUACUAAACUGGUCUCUGAUAGGAAUGAACCAACAAAUGUGCCACUAUAUGUUGGUCGUGGUGUUUCCCCUAAAGAUGUCAAAAGUGAGGAAGUCCAAUCUUUGAGUAAGGCUCCUGGAAAAGAGCACAGCAACUAUGAUUUCUUUGGUAAGUGUUUUGAUGUUCCGAGCGAAGCAACAAUUGGCUUGCACGUGCCAGAUGAUGAUCUUGCCUCAGUGGUCUCUGCUGUCGCCCAAGACAACGUCAAAUUUGGUAGUGAUUUUUGGCAAGAUCUUGAUCAUAUGACAUGGAAUCAAGAAGAAUCAAGCACAAGCAUAUGUUCAGAAAAUGCUGUGCCGAAGCUGGUCGAUUUAAUUCCUGGAGACAAUAUGACAGGCAUACAGCAGGAUUCAUGUUCUGAAGUUAGGACUGGGAGUACAAAUGUUGUGGACAAGACUUCAAAAGAUUCAUUGGCCAGUGAAAAUGGCGAUACUGAAUUAGGUGGUGCUUUUAUCUCAUCAACUCAGGGAUGCAGUGUUGAGCACCUUGAAGAGAUCAUCGAAGAUGCCAAAAGUAACAAGAGGUCAGAGUUGUGUUCACUGGUGCUGAGGUCCAGAAAAGCUGAUCGGAAUAAAACCUUGCUCACUGUGAUGGACUCUGUUAUGAAUCUGAUGAAAGAAGUUGAACUUCAAGAGAAUGAUGCGGAGAAGUUAAAGGUGGAAGCUGCUAUGGGAGGUUUGGAUACCCUCGAAAAGGUUGAAGAGCUCAAGAAGAUGCUUGAACAUGCAAAGGAAGCAAAUGACAUGCAUGCUGGAGAAGUAUAUGGAGAGAAGUCAAUUUUGGCCACUGAAUUAAGAGAGCUUGAAAACCGCUUGCUCAGCUUAUCAGAAGAACGAAACAAAUCUCUUUCUGUCCUUGACGAGAUGCGUGAAACUCUUGAAAUAAGACUAGCGGCAGCAUUGGAGCUGAAAAAGGCUGCUGAGCAAGAAAAGAAAGAAAAAGAAGACUCUGCACUUAAGGCGCUUGCUGAACAAGAAGCCUUUAUGGAGAAAGUAGCCCAAGAAUCAAAGCUUCUACAGGAGGAGGCAGAGGAAAACUCCAAGCUUCGAGAGUUUCUUAUGGAUCGUGGUAGGAUUGUUGAUUCCUUACAGGGGGAAAUUUCUGUGAUCUGUCAAGAUGUGAAGCUGUUGAAAGAGAAGUUCGACAAACGAGUGUCAUUAACCGAAUCAAUCUCGAGCCAGACUAGUUCAUACGCUUCAUUUGUGAGAAACUUGGUGAUGUAUACUCCUUCUGAGCCAUUUAAUGAGGUGCCUGCAGAAACCUCAAGCAUCAACAAGACCCCAGAAGCAACCAUGAACGAAGAAGAGAAGAAAGGUGAUCGCAGAGAGCGUCUUGAAGAUGGUUGGGAAUGGGGUGAAGAAAAGAAGAAAGAUGUUCGCAGAGAGCGUCUUGAAGAUGGUUGGGAAUGGGACAUCAUCUUUGACAAGGAGACCGAUCUUUAA